ACUCUAGAUGUACUGCGCCUUUAAGAAGCCUGUUGAGUUCAUUUGACUGGAGCUCGAUGACGACAUCCUUUUAUUUUUAUCGCAGUGACCUCAUCUCUCUUCUGGCAGCAGCAGCAGCAGCAGGAGAGUCAAACCUCCGCUGCCUUUAGCUCCAACUUUACCGCUUAGACUUUCUGUCUUUAAACCUCCAACCUUUCUGUUUAAAGCGGGUCCGACUCCAUCUGGAACCCGAACCAGUAUCUGGACCUCUGACGUCGAGUUUUCAAACGUGUGAGACCUCUUCAUGUGAAGACCAGGAUGAAGGUGCAGAGUGAUGUCAUCAGCACUCAGUCCAGGAGAAAAGAUGCUUUUUGUUUCACGCCUGCUGUGGUGUGAAUGAGACCGACCCCCACCCCGCUCCAAAGACUCAACACACACAACAGCAAACACACACACACUCUUAAACAAGCAGAGACACACAGAAAAAGUAGUUAGAGGGGGUCUGGCUUCUUUUUUUCCUUUUAGUGCAGAGUGAGGUCUCUCUCUUUCUCUCUCUCUCUCUCUGUCUUUCUCUCUCUCUCUCUGUGUGUCUCUCGUCCCGGGCUUUUUGAGCUGCUGAGCGCCAUCAGGAUGACAUCAUACCAGACCGACACAAUGGAGCUCUUCAUCCUCUGAGGUUCCUCGCCAGGCUGCGUCACUGCACUGGACCGCCGGCCCGGGACGCCCAUCAGGAGGAGAAGGAGGGGGAGGAGGACUACGAGCAGGGAGGGAGGGGGGUGGGGGGGUGGGAGGGAAGGGAAGGGGAGGGGGAAUAGUCUGACAUGUCGGAGAAUCCUGCGGGACCAGGAUCAUGGUCCAGGUCUGGGUCGGGGGCCCCGAAGCCCGGUGUGGUACGGGCGAUCGGGGCGGAGGCUCUGGUGGCCCUGCUGGAGGGGGGUCUGGACCGGGUGGUGCUGAUUGACAGCCGGUCCUUCGUGGACUACAACGCCUCGCAUAUCCUGGAGGCGGUGAAUGUGAACUGCUCCAAACUGAUGAAGAGGAGGCUGCAGCAGGACAAAGUCCAGAUCGCUGAGCUGCUGCAACACUCGGCCAAGAAGAAGUUGGAGUUUGCGGGCGAUCAGGAGGUCGUGGUUUACGAUCAGAGCUCCACCGACUCGUCUGCUCUAAGCUCCGAGUCGUUCCUCAGCGUCCUGCUGCUCAAGCUCGAGAGGAGCUUCCCCUCCGUGCACCUGCUCUCAGGUGGGUUCUCAGAGUUCUCUCACCUGUUCCCCGGUCUCUGUGAGGGGAAGUCCACUCUGGUCCCCUCCUGUAUGUCUCAGCCCUGCCUGCCCGUCGCCAACGUGGGCCCAACCCGCAUCCUGCCUCACCUGUACCUGGGCUGUCAGAGAGACGUUCUCAACACGGACCUGAUGCACCAGAACGACAUCGCCUACGUCCUGAACGCCAGCAACACCUGCCCCAAACCUGACUUCAUCCCCGAGUCACACUUCCUGCGAGUCCCUGUCAACGACUCGUUCUGUGAGAAGAUCCUGCCCUGGCUGGACCGAUCCGUGGAGUUCAUCGAGAAAGCUAAAGCCUCAAACGCUCGGGUCCUGGUCCACUGUCUGGCUGGGAUCUCCCGCUCUGCAACCAUUGCCAUCGCCUACAUCAUGAAGAGGAUGGACAUGAAUCUGGAUGAAGCGUACAGGUUUGUGAAGGAGAAGAGGCCGACCAUCUCUCCCAACUUCAACUUCCUGGGUCAGCUGCUCGACUUCGAGAAGAAGAUCAAGACUCCUCACGGUACUGAGUCAAAACUGAGGUCCCUCCAUCACUUCGAGACCAGAGAGGAGGUCCCUGGUCCUCCUGAGGAGUCAGAGUCUGCACCCCCUCAGGAUGCAGGUCCAGGCCCAGGUCCAGGUUUAGGCCUGUCCCUGCUGGAGCCGCUCAUGCUGCCCUGCGUGCUGGCCGACGCUCCUGAGGAGUGUCUGCUGGUCCAGGCUCUGAGUAGUCUGACUCUUCCUGACGGUUCAGAGGAGAACGCCCGUCUGAAGCGCUCCUUCUCCCUGGACAUCAAGUCGUACGGCGAGCAAGGAGGCGCUGCUCCGCAUCGCGUGUUCGUCCCUCACGGUGGAUCCGGAGACGCCGGGGAGUUCUACAAACCCUCCACCUUCAAAGAGACGACCAGUAAGCCGUGUCAGUUCUCCCCGGUGGAGGAGGUGUCGGAGCAGUCCACCCCGGAGCAGAGUCCAGAUAAGGAGGAGGCGGACGUCCCGGAGCGAGUUGCACCGCCGCAGCCAACACCGGCAGCCUCUUCCUGUUUCACCAAACCUCCGCCUGCUGCUCCUCCACGCUCACAGCAGCUCCACCGCAGUGGCAGCGUGGAGGAGAACACCACCAGCUUCCUAUUUGGCCUCUCCCGCAGCCAGCAGCACCUCGCUCGACCGGGUCCCGGUGGCGCCCUGAAGGGGUGGCACUCUGACAUCCUUCUGGGCCCCGUCACCGUCUCCACCUCCUCUCUGACUGGCGGCUGGUACCUCUCCUCUGACUCCGCCCGCUUCUACUCCACCUCGGCCAUCCUGAGCGGGGGCGGUUUGGCGGCGUACAGCUGCGGCGCGGGGCUGGAGGCGGUACGGCGGCGUGGGCGUCAGAGGACGGGGGAUCGCGGGGACUCGAGGAGGAGCUGGCACGAGGAGAGCAGCUUCGAGAAGCAGCUGAAGAGACGCAGCUGUCAGAUGGAGUUCGGAGACGGACUGACGGACAGCCGGUCCAGAGAGGAGAUGGGAAAGGUGGGCAGUCAGUCCAGCUUCUCUGGCAGCAUGGAGGUCAUCCAGGUGUCCUGAGACUGAUCCAGGAGUCCUCAGACUGAACCAGGUGUCCUGAGACUGAUUCAGGGACAGACUGAGACUCAGAAAUAUGACGCUCGGUCAGGAUGAAGCGGACUGAAACAGCUUCAAAGAUUAGGAGAGAAACAUGCAACACACAGCGUCACUUCACACAGACAGGAGGAGAGUCAGAGCUCAGAGGUGAGCUGAUACUCAGGUUAAACUGUCACUUUAAGGGCACUGACACAAGACGACAUCUGACUUUACAAUGAAGUCCAGAUCCACUUCUACCUGAGGAGGAGAGAGUGAACUCUGGUUUGUUUGUAGCCUGAAUGUUGCGAGGUUGUUUGUUUACAGUGAGUCUGUCUAUCGGCCCAAAGUGUGAGUUUCAUCCUGCAGGAGCUUCAGAUACAGUGUGUGGGGGGAAGUGAGAUCCAGAGGAGAGACUUUUACUACAAAAAGGAACCGAUGAAUGUCUGAUCUCAUAUCAUAACGUCAAACAGAGAACAGUGAACAGACGGGGGAGAUGGUUCUGAGUGAAACUGUGACACCUGCUCUGAGUCAUCGUCGUUUACGGUCAAUAAGAUAAAAAGUGAAUCACACAGUUAGAGAUUAAAUUCAAGAACAUCUGUCCUCAUUAUUAUUGUUAUAAAGGAAAUGUGACUUCUUCAAACUUCACUGAAUUGAUUGAUCAGAAGGAACCGCCAGUAAUGAGACGUUCAGGGUCUGUUCGGACUUCAGAGUGUACUCUGAAAAUAAACUGAAUGCAGACACACUUAUGAAGCACUCACUCAGGACGUCCUGAAGCUUUACUGCUUGACCAAACAUGUAGAAAUAAAGAAUAAAAUCUCACUCAAUCAUAAUACAACUGCUUAAUUAGAAACUUUGAUUACCUAUAAAUUAAAUUAAAACAUUAUAAAAGUGUAUUUUUUAAAUAAAGAUAUUCAGAUAAUUUAAUUCCACUUCUUGCUUUUUGCUUGAGCAGCUUGUACUCAAAUUAAAGAGCUGGUUUCCCUUCUCACAGCAGUUUCACAAAAGGAGCAAAUAUAUAAAAAUAUAUCUAAAAAAUCCUCAUAUAUAAAAUAUUUUUUAUAAAAACAGCUGAGGUGAAAUACAUUUGAAAAAAGCAGCAAAUUUUAUGUUUAAGUUGCAGUGUAUUUCAGAAGAGCUAAUAUGUGUAAUAAGAUCUAAAAAUUAUAAUAAGUAGGUAGAUUAAAAAACAGUUCAUGUCAGACACUGUCAAUUAAUAAAAACUGAUUUCAAAGAGGUGACAGUGAACGCAUCGCAGGAACUGGCAUUCUCUAAAUCCAGAAAACAAACAUUCUCAAAGAAUCUCCUGAAGGUAGUCAGUGUCAGCUCACCUGUGGGCCAGCAGAGGAAGAAGAGGAAGAGGAGGAGUCACCUGACCUCCUCAGAGUGAACCUGACAAACUGAGGAGUGUGAAGACGACGAAGACGACGAAGAUGCGGUGUGCUGCAGGAAGAAAAACAAACACUUUUCUGAUCAACUCUGAGCCUGUGAAUGUUUGUGUUUGAGGAGGAAGCUGCUCUUCAGACUCCAUGAUGAUGAUGAUGAUGAAGAUCAGGACAGUUCUGGUCUCUUCAGUACCUCACGGAUCCAAACUUUCACUUGUGUGUGUGUUUUAGAUUAUUGAAGAGUCUGGCUGGCAGGUGAAGGUGUCUGAUGAUAUUUUUUAUUUUUUGGGGGGGACCUGAACAGACUCACCUUGUCAGAGCCUGAGUGAUGAAGAGGAGGGUGUGAUGUUCAUGUGUGUGAUGUGGAUUUAAAGAGGCUGGGACUCAGACGUGGACUUGAUUCAAUAAUACAGACUCACAGACGUGUUCAUGUUGCACUGUGGUGUGAAAGGAUCUGAUUAAAAGUUAUGAAGC